CGAAUCAACAAUUAGCUUUGCUGGACUGUUUGAAUCACCAAAAGCAUUUUUGAUGAGUUCUCGAUUGUAGUAAAGCCACGGUCGAUUUCGAACAAUAAGACAGUGCAUUACUCUUUACGGAUUGCACAACAUCCACUUCUUGUUUUUCUGAGUCGGUCGGCAUCCAUCCUGAAUGUUUCCGACAUGGAUCGAACGAGGAUAGCAGAAAAGAUACGGUUUCGACUUUCUUCGGACCCGAUGCGAUCUGCUCAUCUCAUCCUUCCCCCCAAAAGAACCAAGGAGCCGUUUUCGACUCAUCCAGAUCGUUAAUUCCUGACUCGUGCCGGAGGAACAGAUGAUCAUUCUGCCAGCGGACACAGAAGACGAAAUCGUCGGCGUGCUUUGCCAUUUUCGAGAACGACGAUGUCCGGAUCUAUUUUCGAGGAAUCCCACCGGAUGCAACAUCGGCAAUCGUUCUGAACCAGUCGCUCACAAAGGAUACUUCUCCGACGUCAGAUACACGACGCAAAGGAUAGCAACAACAAGAAAUGCAACGAAGGAUGCCGGGAAUUACGUUCCGUGCAUAGAGGCAACGUAUUUGUUCGAUAAGGUUCUCGCACUGCGAUUUCGAAUCACGAUGGGCCCCAUUGUCCUAGCGACUCGUAUCGACGGAAGCGAACACCGAUGCUACACAAACUCUGUGACAUAUAUUGAUGAAUUCCGCGGUGGAUCCUUCCUCGCUGGCAACUUCAAAGACAGACACCAACAAUCGUCGGUUUAUUCCGCCUCGACCAGAGCAAACAUCGAAGCGCUGCGGCUGCGCCUGGAAACGAUUUGUGAAAGAGUGAACAGCAGCACCAGCACUAGCACCAAUGCAUCGCUCUUUGCUGUUCUAUCUAGGCUACUGAUGCUGCUAAACGAGCUACAAACGCGUGUGCUACUGCUGCUGCCUUCACCCGAGCCAUCGAGAUCGCUGCGACGGAACCCACCGCCGAUGGCGCUGCCCCGCCUCUGGCUGGCUUCCGAGAAAAUCUCCCAUCUCGCGGCGAUCCACCAGGAACGCGGUGGCGAUGCUUCGGCCGUGGACGUGGCAAUUCUUCUCGUGCGCUGCGCAGCGGUGGGCAGGUAUCGGGAGGUGUUUUUGAAUCCACUCCCCCCGGCGUCUCCCCGCUCCUUUUUUGCUGUGGGGGGCGGCGAGAGGGAAUGGGUCCUAGUCAAUCGGAUUUGGAAGGCCACGGAACGCUGCUACCAUCCCAGCUGUAUGAAGCGGCCAAAAUCGCGAAGAAACCAUCCCACACACCACCAACAACAACAACGUCUCGUUUCUGAAACAACGAAACAACGUAGCGCUCCGUUGCCGAUGCUUCGAGAGUGCGAACAAGAACUCGCCGGAUUCUUUCAUUCGCUCCCCUGGGUAAGACAAGGAAAGGUCACCGUGGUGCAGAAGAGCAAAAGAGACGACGGGAAUAGUCACAAAGAAGGCGGGUUCGUGUUCGAGGUCUGCCUCGAUCUCGAAGACAACAACAAAAACUACGACGACCAAAAACACCAACAACAACAAGAUCCAACGACGGAGAUCAUUGACGACGACGCUUCCUACUCCCCCAGGUUCGCACGCCUCUGUCGCAAGCACGGGUCCCUAACCGCCUACCACGGAACACACAUGGACCAUGCCUGGUCGAUUCUGAACAACGGCUUUUGCAGCAUGUCCGACGACGAAAGCACCGGCGGUGGAAGACGACAGCGAUUUGCCAAGAACGGGGCCGUGCUGGGGAGCGGGGUCUACCUGAGCACCUCCCGGAGGGUGGCCACAUUUUUUGCCACCGCGGCUGCGAACCAAAGAAACGCCCCGAGAAGGGCCCUGGCGGAAGCCCUGUAUCACGAAUCGCUGGUGGAGCUGCUGCUGAGAGCGGCGCAAGCGCCGGGGGGAGAGGCCAGAGCCUCCCGUGGAAUCCUCCGGGACGCCAUCGGUGCCGUCGGAGAAAAGGCCUCCCUCCGCGACCGCUAUGACGUGAACUGUUAUCCGGUCUUUGAAGCCAAGAUCGUUCGGCCACCCGAAGCGAGCGAAGUGGACAACCUCGGGGGAAAAGGGACGCUCCCGCCAAGCAACAACGAUGCCACCACCAUCGACCCCGGCUACCGACCGACCCGGCGGGACGGAACCUACUGCGUGGUUCCGGACGGGAGGGACGUCCGGAUCACGAAGCUCCACCUGACGGUCGAGCUGGAAUGCAAGCGGCGGGGGGACACGUGGUGGCACCACAGGGUCCUGCUCCUGCUGGUCUUCCGCCUGUCCUCUCUCGUCUCGGACCACCCCGUGCUCCUCGUCAUCGCUGGCCUGGUGGUUUCCGUGGCGUGCCGGAAUUUUUUCACCCGGCAAGAGACGAUGGACUGAAAGGCAUCUACCGUACACAAUUCAACCUCCUACGCGGUUUGAGGAAUGGAUGCAAACCAAUAAAACUCUAUAGUGUUA